GAGAGGAGGUUUCCCACCUGUCAUUUGAUCCCCAUGUUUGUGGACAGUGAUGUGAUCAGUGAGGAGACCAGUGAGGAUCGAUCUUUUCAUAGGAUUGAGAGGAGGUGUAAACUUGACGUGGAUGCACCACGACUCCUCAAACGGAUUGCAGGUGUGGAUUAUGUCUACUUCAUUCAGAAGAACUCUCUGAACCACAGAGAAAGAACUCUUCAUAUUGAAUCUCACAAUGAAACCUUCUCCAACAGAGUCAUCAUCCGUGAACUCUGCUGUUACUCGGUUCACCCAGAAAAUGAAGAAUGGACAUGUUUUGAACAAUCUGCCAGUCUGGACAUCAAAUCUUUCUUUGGUUUUGAGAGCACAGUGGAGAAGAUCGCCAUGAAACAGUAUGCCAGCAGCAUCAAAAAGGGUAAGGAGAUUAUUGAAUACUACCUGAGGGAGCUAGAGGAAGAAGGUAUAACUUGCGUACCUCGGUGGAGCCCUUGCCCACCAUCACACACAAAGCCCAUGGUGCCAGUUGUUAUCCCUGCAUUGCCUAUCACUCCCACAAUCACCAUUGAAGCCCCUCCUGAGAGCAUGAAUGAGAUUCAAGUGUGUAAAGAGGGCAGCAGUCCUCUGGGCAGCCUGAACGACGCCCUUGUAGCCAGUCCAGACGAUAAACUGGAUGCAGACUACAUCAAACGUUAUCUGGGUGACCUCACACCCCUUCAGGAGAGCUGUCUGAUUCGCCUGCGCUGCUGGUUGCAGGAGACACACAAGGGCAAGAUCCCAAAAGAUGAGCAUAUUCUAAGGUUCCUGCGUGCACGGGACUUCAACAUAGAUAAGGCACGAGAGAUCCUUUGUCAGAGUCUGACCUGGAGGAAGCAGCAUCAGGUGGACUACCUUCUGGACACCUGGAGCUCUCCUCAUGUGUUGCACGAUUACUACACCGGAGGCUGGCACCACCACGACAAGGAUGGCAGGCCUCUGUAUAUCCUACGCCUAGGACAUAUGGACACUAAAGGACUGGUUCGAGCACUUGGAGAAGAAUCCCUGCUCAGACAUGUGCUGUCAAUCAAUGAAGAGGGUCUGAGACGCUGUGAGGAGAACACCAAAGUCUUUGGUCGGCCAAUUAGUUGUUGGACAUGUCUUGUCGAUCUUGAGGGGCUCAAUAUGAGGCAUCUGUGGCGUCCUGGAGUCAAAGCUUUGCUGAGGAUUAUUGAGGUGGUGGAGGCCAAUUACCCAGAGACCCUGGGCCGUCUACUCAUCCUCAGAGCUCCCAGAGUCUUUCCUGUCCUGUGGACUCUGGUGAGCCCUUUCAUUGAUGAGAAUACACGAAAGAAGUUCCUGAUCUAUGCAGGAAAUGACUACCAGGGCCCUGGCGGUCUUGUGGACUACAUUGAUAAAGAAAUCAUCCCUGACUUCCUUGGAGGAGAGUGUAUGUGUGAAGUGCCAGAGGGCGGCCUGGUUCCCAAGUCUCUGUACAGAACUGCAGAAGAACUGGAGAAUGAUGAGAUCAGACUUUGGACGGAGACUAUUUACCAAAGUGCCAGCAUCUUCAAAGGAGCACCACAUGAGCUACUGAUUGAGAUCAUUGAUGCCUCCUCAGUCAUCACUUGGGACUUUGAUGUAUGUAAAGGUGAUGUGAUCUUCAAUAUCUAUCACUCUAAACGGGCUCCACAGCCGCCUAGGAAAGAUCCGCUGGCUACCCAUGGCAUCACCUCUCCUGCAGGCAACAACAUGCAGCUUAUAGAUAAAUCUUGGCUGCUGGGACAGGACUACAGCAUGGUAGAGUCACCCCUCACCUGCAAAGAGGGAGAAAGUGUACAGGGUUCACAUGUGACACGAUGGCCAGGAUUCUAUAUUUUGCAAUGGAAGUUCCACUCUAUGCCAGCAUGUGCCACCACAAACCUACCCCGGGUGGAUGAUGUUCUGGCUACUCUGCAGGUGUCCUCUCACAAGUGCAAAGUCAUGUACUACACUGAGGUUCUGGGCUCAGAGGACUUUAGGGGCUCAAUGACCAGUCUGGAAUCCAGUCACAGUGGUUUCUCUCAGCUCAGCGCCGCCACCACAUCCUCCAGCCAGUCACAGUCCAACUCUAUGAUCUCCAGGUAGAAUAGAAAGAGAUUUAGGCUCUAAAAUGUUUUAUCAGUUCAGUUUCUAGAUUCUCAAUAAACCAUUACUAUUCUUCCUCUGUUAUCUAUCCCAACACUGUAUCACUCCAUGUCAAGGACCUGACGCAUGCUCACACAACUAAAAAGAGUAUAAAAGAUAUCCUUACCUAAAAGGAUUUUAGUGGUGGUAGUUUUUUUUUUUGUUGUUGUUAAAGGGCUUGAAUCUGCUUUGCCAUAGCGCUCAGCUGAGCCGCAGGUCAGUUCAUAGGCCUAUUGUGCUUUGUGUGAGUGUCCGAAGGAGCUCACACUUUACUGUGCAUUUCUACAUUUCCCAUGGACUGCAUGCUGAACUAAGCAAUACAUGUUCUUCAGAUUGGGAAAGAGCCUGAAAUGAAUGCGCCCACUUACACAUCUCAAAUACUGCACAUAACUACAUAUAUGCACUUAGUUCUGCCAUAUCACUAGGAGCUCAUCCUCUUGGUGAAUUGUUGUUAGGUCAGUGGGAGGGCAUCUGCAAUAAUUUAGAAGAAAUUUGUACUAUUUGAAUUUCUAUUUAUCAUAAAAUGUUUAAGGAGACUGGGUUAAGUCUUCUUGGGUGCUACAAGCUUGUUUCCUCAUUGUUAGUGUGUAGCUAGACUUGCAUUUUGAAAAUGGCAAAGUGUUUAGUGAAAUAGUCACAGUGUUAGAUAUAGUCUUCAGUGCUUACUACUAGUGUUAGCUUGAAUUUUGGCUUUGUGGAAAUGCCUUGAUAUCGAACCUCAGACUUGCUGCUGAUCAGUUCCUAUGCAGUCAGCCAAUCAGUGCUUGGAAUGGUCAUUCGUAUAUUAAUAGGUCAAAGCAUUCUUUAAAGACAGCUUUACUGGAAGAGGGGCAGUGUAAAUUUUGUAGUGAAUUUUAUCGUUGCUCCAACAGAAUAGUUCAAUUUGUUUUUAUUUUUUCUGUAUUAUAAAAGGAAAGAAAAAUUAGU